GUGUCAUGUGACCUCACCGCUGGCUGGCUAUGAGGAGAGAAGGAGCAGCAGUCAGAGCCGACUGGGUUUUAGCUCACAAUCUGUGCCGCAGCUCCUCGGCCAGCGCGCCAUUUCAACCCGACAUGACAGAGAUAGGAACGUAGGAGCGCUUAUGGUCAGGUCACCCACGUAAAAGCCGACUGAAACCGGGAAGCAGAGGGACGGAGGCCGACAUAUCUCGCUGAGGGUUGGAAGCCGCCAGCGUCGAGCCGCCUGUCUCCGCCGUGCCAGGAUCCGUGAGGCUGGGAGAAACGACACCCGGCCGCCCGCGAGCUCCACCCGACCCAUCAUGAUGGCAUCCAGUGACGUGGAUGGCAGGGCUGAUGGUUCUCUCUUCUCCGACCAAAACCCAUCAGAGUUGGACGCUCUGUGUCCGUCUCCUCCUGGACCAUCAAGACCCCAGAGGAACUAUGAGCGGAUCGGGGGAAGGACGGGAACCUCGUUCUGUCAGACUCUGAUCCACCUUCUGAAAGGGAACAUCGGUACUGGUCUGCUGGGGCUGCCUCUGGCUGUAAAGAACGCCGGGCUGGUGCUUGGACCAAUAAGUCUCCUGGUUAUGGGAAUCAUUGCUGUCCACUGCAUGAAGCUCCUGGUUAAAUGUUCCCACCACCUCAGCGCCAAGAUGAACCGGCCGUCUAUGAGCUACGGAGAGGUGAUGCAGUACGGGAUGGAAAACGUGUCGUGGCUGAGGAGGCAUUCCCGAUGGGGAAGUCGGACGGUGAACCUGUUCCUCAUCAUCACCCAGAUGGGCUUCUGCUGCGUCUAUUUUGUCUUCCUCAGCGACAACGUCAAGCAGGUUGUGGAAGCGGCAAACGCCACCACCUUCAGCUGCCAGGUGAACCACACCAACCAGACGGACGUCCUGAUCCCCAGUUUCGACUCCCGUAUCUACAUGCUCUUCUUCCUGCCCUUCUUCAUCCUCCUGGUUUUCACCCCCAACCUGAAGUACUUGGCUCCCCUCUCCCUCAUCGCAAACCUGGUCAUGACUGCCAGUCUGGUUCUGAUCUACAUCUAUUCCCUCAUGAACAUCCCGUACCCUAUUGAUCUACCAAAGGUCGGCAGACUUAAGGACUACCCUCUGUUUUUUGGGACGGCCAUCUUUGCCUUUGAAGGGAUCGGAGUGGUCCUUCCCCUGGAAAAUAAGAUGCAGAAGCCGCAGAGAUUCACAGAGGUUCUGUAUGUGGGAAUGGGCAUCGUCACGUUCCUCUACAUCAGCCUGGGCACCAUAGGGUACAUGUGCUUCGGAGAGCAUAUAGGUGGGAGCAUCACUUUAAACCUGCCAAACUGCUGGACGUACCAGGCCGUGAAACUCCUGUACUGUUUCGGCAUCCUAAUAACCUUCGCCCUGCAGUUCUACGUUCCUGCAGAAAUCAUCAUACCGUCGGUGUUGGCCCACGUGCCGGAGAGAUGGGAGAAGCCCGUCGAUCUUCUGCUUCGCACUUUUCUGGUCAUCAUCACAUGUGCCCUUGCCAUCCUGAUACCGGAGCUGGACCUGGUCAUCUCAUUGGUUGGCUCGUUCAGCAGCAGUUUCCUGGCUCUCAUCUUCCCGCCCAUCCUGGAGGUCCUAGCCUUUCACACGGAGGGCCUGUCGCCUCUGGUGGUCAUGAAGAACCUGAUCAUCAGUGUGGUGGGGAUGCUCGGCUUCUUCCUGGGAACCUACAUCGCCAUCGUGGAAAUCAUCGCCCGAAAUAAUGUCAAACACGAAGAGACGUUCUACACCUACAUGGUGCAGUAAAACAGACUGUCAGGCCAUCCAGGCCCCGUUUAAGCCCUUCUCGGGAACAUUUGUAUUUUUAUGUUUUUAUUUGCUGCUGUUUUACACGUAUUUUAAUGUAAUUAUGUCACUAAUGUACGAGAGCAUCACAUUCAAUUAAUUAGAGGCAUUAGUGCAGUCCAAACGUAAUUGUACAUACCUUCAUGUUGAAGACGACUAGUACAACCAGAUUUAAAGAGAUUAGAAAGGUUUUAGAGGUAAUUUAUCUUGUGUACAGGUUGAAAAUAUCCGUGUAAGUUUCCUGUCAACAGAUCAAACUACCUCAAUUAUCGCCAUUAGUUUUGACUCCCAGAUUCAGACCUGAUGCUGACUUAUAAUUGAUUUGUUUUUUUUCACCUUCUCCAAAGCAGCUUUGAGUUUACAGCUUUGAGUGGUUUUAAUUACCAUCCACCAUCAUGGCCGAAAUGACACCUUGAUAAGAGAAAAAUGCACUUUGAUUUAUGCCUUAUUGAGUAAAACUGUGCACUACUUUAGCAGUUUUUGGUGACACAUUAAAUGGAGUGUAAAUA